CCGAGGCCAUGUUCCCCCGUCCCGCCUUCCCCGGGGAGGCGAGGCGGGCGGCCGCCUCGGGCCGCAGCCGGUCGCGGCCUCGGGUCGUCGGCGGCGGCGGCGGCACCGUGCUGCUGCCCUCCAUGCUGAUGUUCGGCGUGAUCCUGGCCUCCAGCGGGCUGCUCCUCAUGAUCGAGAAGGGGAUCCUGGCCGAGGUGAAGCCGCCGCCGCUGCACCCGGCGGCGGGGGAGCUCUCCCGGCGAGGCGUCGGCGGCGAGGAGGAGGAGGCCGGCGGCGAGCUGGAGCGCGAGGUGCUGCGGGACGUCCGCAACCGCACCAUCCGCGCCGUCUGCGGGCAGCGGGCCAUGCCCCGCAGCGUCUGGGAGCUGCCGGCCGGUCAGCGCCGGACGGUCCUCCGGCACCUCCUGGUCAGCGACAAGUACCGCUUCUUGUACUGCUACGUGCCCAAGGUGGCCUGCUCCAACUGGAAGCGCAUCCUGAAGGUGCUGGACGGGGCGCUGGAGAGCGUCGACGUCAAGCUGAAGAUGGACCACAAGAGCGACCUGGUGUUCCUGGGCGACAUGAAGCCGGACGAGAUCAGCUACCGCCUGAAGAACUACUACAAGUUCGUCUUCGUGCGCAACCCCAUGGAGAGGCUGCUGUCGGCCUACAGGAAUAAAUUUGGGGAGAUCAAGGAGUACCAGCAGAAGUACGGGGUGGAGAUCGUCAGGCGGUACCGGAAGAACGGGGGGAGCUCGGCGGGCGACGACGUGACCUUCUCCGAGUUUCUCCGGUACCUGCUGGACGAGGAGGCGGAGCGGAUGAACGAGCACUGGAUGCCCAUCUACAACCUGUGCCAGCCCUGCGCCGUCAGGUACGACUUCAUCGGCUCCUACGAGCGGCUGAACGCGGACGCCAACUACGUCCUCGAGCGAGUCCAGUCGCCCUCCUUCGUCCGCUUCCCCGAGCGGCAGCCCUGGUACAAGCCCGUGACGGCGGAAACGCUCCAUUACUACCUGUGCAACACCCAACGCCGCCUGAUAAAAGAGCUGUUGCCAAAAUACAUCCUGGAUUUCUCCCUCUUUGCCUACCCCCUUCCCAACAUAACCAGCGAAUUCUGCAGGCAGUGAGUUGUUCAUUCCGGGAUCCGGUGUAAAUUCUGCCUUCGCCGCACGGAUUUGCUAACGCAGCCGUCGCUGCGAAUGACACGUUGCCGCAGGGCCCGUGAAACACGCUCUUCUAUGCAUUAUUUCCUAAUUUUAUACUUUCCAAACACUGUUUAUAUAAAAUAUUACACAUUGCCUUUGCUACUAGAAUACUUUUUGUAUUGUUCUGAUUUUAACGUGUACAUACGCCGCUGACUUGAGCACAAUAGCUUUUGUAUAUCUAUUUCGCUUUAAAUUCUUUUUUAUGACAGGACAUGAAAAACGCCUGUAAGGAAGUUGAGAAAUGGAUAUAUUUUAAGUAUUUUUUCCUCCUUUUUUGUGUUUUGUACUAAAUAGCGUGCGGCUGAAUUGCAAUCAUAACGUAGUGGUUGAUGCGCUAAUAGAAAUGUAGUGGUUGAUGCGCUAAAAAUUAGCGCUGUUAAAGCUGGUCCUGGAUUAGAUGGGAGAUAGUUUUUUGGGUAUGAGUAGAAGAAAAGGCUUUUAUAAACUAGGCCCUAUUUAUCCUUUAUUUUCUCAUCUGCAGAUGGUGGCUAAAUGAGGCCGGUCUUUUUUUCUGUGACAGUAGUACCUCUGGUUUUUAUUAUUAUUAUUAUUAUUAAUUAUUAUUAUUUACCGUUGAAAUAAAACUAGUGAUAGGAUAAUAGUCACUUUUGCGCGAUUUUAAGAUUUGAAAGUACCAACUAUUUACCCAGCAUAACAUACGAGGUGCAAUAUCAAGCCAUAACAAUUUGCUCUUCUCUGCCUCUCUUUGAAUUAAAGCGAUACAGACUUCUGAUAAGAUCAAACCCCAUCCUGGUUCCUAGGACAAAAAGCAACAAAAAACCCCACCCACCGCGUGCCAGCUCACAGCCUCGGUGGGUGUCUGCGUGCCCACGUGCGUGCAAACCACCGUGGAAAAACACUUUCUCCGGCCAUGUUUGAAACAAUGGCGAUUUGAGGAUUAGUUCUCCCUUCUUUUAUAGAGGUGCGCACCGUUUUUGCAGCUACUUGUAUUUAAUUAUGGCUGUUAAACUGUAAAAGUUUGGGAGGUAAUGUAGAAUGUUGUUCCUGGGAGGCUGUGUCCUCGUUUCUAAUAAAGUUUUUAUAUGAAUUA